AUGCUACUGUUUGACACCCUGAGCAAUGUCCUCAUUGUGUAAUCUAAUGUGAAUGAUGUCCUAACCCCCCACAGGGAGAAGUGCCAACAAAAUGGCGGACGGACGAAUUCCGCAUGUUCAAGAACGGCUCGUUGUGGCACCCUCCUCCCCUCAACCCCUACCUUCACGGCAACUUUGAAGAGGGGAAGGAGCCAGAUGAGGAAGAAGAGGAGCCUGGGAAGAAAGGCUGCUUAAAAGAAGAGUAGGUUCCCUGUUUAUAAUGUCAUUAACAUAAUGGUAUUCUCUAAUGGUUACUGUCACCCUAAUGUCGUUCAGACACUUCCGGCCAAAUACGCAAAGAAUCUGGUGGACCAACGAGUCAACCUUAGCCUUCGUUAGCCAACAAAGAAAGACCUGGAGAAACUCCAGGCGUAUAGGCAUUUGCUUAAUCGGCUUAAUCUACCAACCAAUCAUCUCCCACAACACCUUCCCCCUAACCCGCCCCCGUACUCAAGCACACCACAUGCACAGAGCCACGCCUUGCAGUCGUGUGAUUCGCUAAAAUUUAAUGAUGACAAAUGCUUUACUCAGUAGGUCACUCCCACAGAAUUCUAUGGUCUCUCCCACUAAGGCGAACUUUGAAUCCUUGAUGUACCAGGCUUAUAUGUGCUUUGUGCAAUAGCAUGGGGACGAAGUUACUGUCACGUUAACACUCAAGACCCUGAGAUAGACUAGUGUCCUGUCCAGGGGUGUACUGGUACAUCAAGCUGCCUCACUACAGAAACAGGAGAUAGACUAGUGUCCUUUCCAGGGGGUGUACUGGUACAUCAAGCUGCCUCACUACAGAAACAGGAGAUAGACUAGUGUCCUGUCCAGGGGGUGUGCUUGUACAUCAAGCUGCCUCACUACAGAAACAGGAGAUAGACUAGUGUCCUGUCCAGGGGGUGUACUGGUACAUCAAGCUGUCUCACUACAGAAACAGGAGAUAGACUAGUGUCCUGUCCAGGGGGUGUACUGGUACAUCAAGCUGCCUCACUACAGAAACAGGAGAUAGACUAGUGUCCUGUCCAGGGGGUGUACUGGUACAUCAAGCUGUCUCAUUACAGAAACAGGAGAUAGACUAGUGUCCUUUCCAGGGGGUGUACUGGUACAUCAAGCUGUCUCACUACAGAAACAGGAGAUAGACUAGUGUCCUGUCCAGGGGGUGUACUGGUACAUCAAGCUGUCUAACUACAGAAACAGGAGAUAGACUAGUGUCCUGUCCAGGGAGUGUACUGUACAUCAAGCUGUCUCACUACAGAAACAGGAGAUAGACUAGUGUCCUGUCCAGGGGGUGUACUGGUACAUCAUGCUGCCUCACUACAGAAACAGGAGAUAGACUAGUGUCCUGUCCAGGGGGUGUACUGGUACAUCAAGCUGCCUCACCUUACAGAAACAGGAGAUAGACUAGUGUCCUGUCCAGGGGGUGUACUGGUACAUCAAGCUGCCUCACCUUACAGAAACAGGAGAUAGACUAGUGUCCUGUCCAGGGGGUGUACUGGUACAUCAAGCUGCCUCACCUUACAGAAACAGGAGAUAGACUAGUGUCCUGUCCAGGGGGUGUACUGGUACAUCAAGCUGUCUCACUACAGAAACAGGAGAUAGACUAGUGUCCUGUCCAGGGGGUGUACUGGUACAUCAAGCUGCCUCACCUUACAGAAACAGGAGAUAGACUAGUGUCCUGUCCAGGGGGUUUACUGGUACAUCAAGCUGCCUCACCUUACAGAAACAGGAGAUAGACUAGUGUCCUGUCCAGGGGGUGUACUGGUACAUCAAGCUGCCUCACUACAGAAACAGGAGAUAGGCUAGUGUCCUGUCCAGGGGGUGUACUGGUACAUCAAGCUGCCUCACCUUACAGAAACAGGAGAUAGACUAGUGUCCUGUCCAGGGGGUGUACUGGUACAUCAAGCUGCCUCACUACAGAAACAGGAGAUAGACUAGUGUCCUGUCCAGGGGGUGUACUGGUACAUCAAGCUGUCUCACUACAGAAACAGGAGAUAGACUAGUGUCCUGUCCAGGGGGUGUACUGGUACAUCAAGCUGUCUAACUACAGAAACAGGAGAUAGACUAGUGUCCUGUCCAGGGGGUGUACUGGUACAUCAAGCUGUCUAACUACAGAAACAGGAGAUAGACUAGUGUCCUGUCCAGGGGGUGUACUGGUACAUCAAGCUGUCUCACUACAGAAACAGGAGAUAGACUAGUGUCCUGUCCAGGGGGUGUACUGGUACAUCAAGCUGUCUCACUACAGAAACAGGAGAUAGACUAGUGUCCUGUCCAGGGGGUGUACUGGUACAUCAAGCUGCCUCACCUUACAGAAACAGGAGAUAGACUAGUGUUCUGUCCAGGGGGUGUACUGGUACAUCAAGCUGUCUCACUACAGAAACAGGAGAUAGGCUCCUGCUUUAUGGGCCAUUCUGGCUCGGACAAGGCUACUAACAUUAAAAAUGAACUACUUUUCUUUCUUAUCACCCGCCCUCCCCUCUCUCUCUCUCUCCCUUAAAAUUCUAUUUAUUGGGCUUUAUUGGCAUGGGAAACAUGUGUUUAUAUUGCCAAAGCCAGUGAAAUAGAUAAUAAACAAAAGUGAAUUAAAAAAUGAACAGUAAACAGUACACUCACAAAAGUUCCAAAAUAACUAAGACAUUUCAAGUGUCAUUGUGUAUAUGUAAUGUGUGUUGUAAUGAUGUGCAAAUAGUUCAAGUACAAAAAGGAAAAUACGUAAACAUAAAUAUAGAUUGUAUUUACAGUAAAUAGUAAACAAAAGUGAAAUAAACAAUAAAUAUUAACAGUAAACAUUACACUCAGAAGUUCCAAAAGAAUAAAGACAUUUCAAAUGUCAUAUUAUGUAUAUAUACAGUGUUGUAACAAUGUGCAAAUAGUUCAAGUACAAAAGGGAAAAUAUAUAUAAAUAUGGUUUGUAUUUUCAAUGGUGUUUGUUCUUCACUGGUUGCCCUUUUCAUGUGGCAACAGGUCACAAAUCUUGCAGCUGUGAUGGCACACUGUGGUUUUUCACCCAGUAGAUAAGGGAGUUUAUCAAAAUUGGUUUUGUUUUGAAUUCUUUGUGGGUCUGUGUAAUCUGAGGGAAAUAUGUGUCUCUAAUAUGGUCACACAUUUCCUAGGUGGCCUUUCUCAAUAGCAAGGCUAUGAUCACUGAGUCUGUACAUAGUCAAAGAUUUCCUUACUUUUGGGUCAGUCACAGUGGUCAGGUAUUCUGCCACUGUGUACUCUCUGUUUAGGGCCAAAUAGCAUUCUAGUUUGCUCAGUUUUUUUGUAAAUUCUUUCCAAUGUGUCAAAUAAUUAUAUUUUUGUUUUAACAGCUCUUUUAUGGAUUUUGAUAAUUAGCCUAAUUCUGCAUGCAUUAUUUGGUGUUUUACGUUGUACACGGAGGAUAUUUUUUCAGAAUUCUUUGUCCCAUUUUGUGAAUUCUGGUUGGUGAGCAGACCGAGUCGAAGUGAGUCGAAUUUUAUGUUCCUUUUGAUGGCAUAGAAGGCCCUUCUUGCCUUAUCUCUCAGAUCGUUCACAGCUUUGUGGAAGUUACCUGUGGUGCUGAUGUUUAGGCCGAGGUAUGUAUAGUUUUUUGUGUGCUCGAGGGCAACGUUGUCUAGAUGGAAUUUGUAUUUGUGGUUCUGGCAACUGGACCUUUUUUGGAACACCAGUAUGUUUGUCUUUACUGUCAGGGCCCAGGUCUGACAGAAUCUGUGCAGAAGAUCAUCAGCAAACAGUAUACAUUUGACAUCAGAUUCUAGUAGGGUGAGGCCGGGUGCUGCAGACUGUUCUAGUGCCCUCGCCAAUUCGUUUAUAUAUAUAUAUAUAUGUUGAAGAGGGUGGGGCUUAAGCUGCAUCACUGUCUCACCCCACGGCCCUGUGGAAAGAAAUAUGUGUUUUCUGCCAAUUUUAACCGCACACUUGUACAUGGAUUUUAUAAUGUCGUAUGUUUUUCCCCCAACUCCACUUUCCAUCAAUUUGUAUAGCAGACCCUCAUGCCAAAUUGAGUCAAAAGCUUUUUUGAAGGCAACAAAGCAUGAGAAGACUUUGCCUUUGUUUUGGUUGGUUUGUUUGUCAAUUAGGGUAUGUAGGGUGAAUACGUGGUCUGUCGGCAAUUUGGUAAAAAGCCAAUUUGACAUUUGCUCAGUACAUUGUUUUCACUGAGGAAAUGUAUGAGUCUACUGUUAAUGAUAAUGCAGAGGAUUUUCCCAAGGUUGCUGUUGACGCAUAUCCCACGGUAGUUAUUGGGGUCAAAUUUUGUCUCCACUUUUGUGGAUUGGGGUGAUCAGUCCUUGGUUCCAAAUAUUGGGGAAGAUGCCAGAGCUGAGGAUGAUGUUCAAGAGUUUAAGUACAGCCAAUUGGAAUUUGUGGUCUGUAUAUUUUAUCAUUUCAUUGAGGAUACCAUCAACACCACAGGCCUUUUUGGGUUGGAGGGUUUGUAUUUUGUCCUGUAGUUCAUUCAAUGUAAUUGGAGGAUCCAGUGGGUUCUGGUAGUCUUUAAUAGUUGAUCCUAAGUUUUGUAUUUGGUCAUGUAUAUGUUUUUGCUGUUUGUUCUUUGUUAUAGGGCCAAACAGAUUGGAGAAGUGGUUUACCCAUAUCUCCGUUUCGGAUAGAUAACUCUUUGUGUUGUUGUUUGUUUAAUGUUUUCCAAUCUUCCCAGAAGUAGUUAGUCUAUGGAUUCUUCAACUACAUUGAGCUGAUUUCUGACGUGCUGUUCCUUCUUUUUCCGUAGUGUAUUUCUUUAUUAUUUUAGUGAUUCACCAUAGUGAAGGCGUAGGCUCAGGUUUUCUGGGUCUCUAUGUUUUUGGUUGGAUAUGUUUCUCAAUUUCCUCCUUAGGUUUUUGCAUUCUUCAUCAAACCAUUUAUCAUUGUUGUUAAUUUUCUUUGCUUUUCUGCUUGACAUUUUUAGAUUUGAUAGGGAAGCUGAGAGGUCAAAUAUACUGUUUAGGUUUCUACUGCCAAGUUUACACUUUCACUAUUACAGUGAAACGUUUUGUCCAGGAAGUUGUCUAAAAGGGAUUGAAUUUGUUGUUACCUAAUUGUUUUUUGGUAAGUUUCCAUACUACCUUCCUUCCAUCAAUAGCAUUUCUUAAUAUUAUUCUGUUCCUUUGGCGGCUCAUGAUUGAGUAUUGCUCCGUUCAAGUAGUGUGAUUUUGCUGUGGUCUGAUAGGGGUGUCAGUGGGCUGACUGUGAACGCUCUGAGAGACUCUGGGUUGAGGUCAGUGAUAAAGUAGUCUACAGUACUACUGCGAAGAGAUGCGCUAUAUGUGUACCUACCAUAGGAGUCCCCUCGAAGCCUACCAUUGACUAUGUACAUACCCAGCGUGCUGCAGGAGAUGUGACCCGUUUUUGUUGGUUAUGUUGUCGUAGUUGUGCCUAGGGGGGCAUAUUGGGGGACGGAAUGCUGUCACCUCCAGGUAGGUGUUUGUCCCCCUGUGUGCUGAGGGUGUCAGGUUCUUGUCCAGUUCUGGUAUUUAGGUCGCCACAGACUAGUACAUGUCCCUGGGCCUGGAAAUGAUUGAUUUCCACCUCCAGGUUGGAGAAGCUGUCUUCAUUAAAGUAUGGGGAUUCUAGUGGGGGGAUAUAGGUAGCACACAGGAGGACAUCUUUCUCUGUUGAGAUGAUUUCCUUUUGAAUUUCUAUUCAGUUACAGUUGAAGUCAGAAGUUUCCAUACACUUAAGUUGGAGUCAUUAAAAGUCGUUUUUCAACCACUCCACAAAUGUCUUGUUAACAAACUAUAGUUUUGGCAAGUCGGUUAGGACAUCUACUUUGUGCAUGACACAAGUAGUAAGUAAGUGUUUACAGACAGAUUAUUUCACUUAUAAUUCACUGUAUCACAAUUCCAGUGGGUCAGAAGUUUACAUACACUAAGUUGACUGUGCCUUUAAACAGCUUGGAAAAUUCCAGAAAAUGAUGUCAUGGCUUUAGAAGCUUCUGAUAGGCUAAUUGACAUCAUUUGAGUCAAUUGGAGGUGUACCUGUGUAUGCAUUUCAAGGCCUACCUUCAAACUCAGUGCCUCUUUGCUUGACAUCAUGGGAAAAUCAAAAGAAAUCAGCCAAGACCUCAGAAAAAAAAUGUAGACCUCCACAAGUCUGGUUCAUCCUUGGGAGCAAUUUCCAAACGUCUGAAGGUACCACAGUCAUCUGUACAAACAAUAGUACACAAGUCUAAACACCAUGGGACCACGCAGCCGUCAUACUGCUCAGGAAGGAGAUGCGUUCUGUCUCCUAGAGAUUAACGUACUUUUGUUCGAAAAGUGCAAAUCAAUCCCAGAACAACAGCAAAGGACCUUGUGAAGAUGCUGGAGGAAACGGGUACAAAAGUAUCUAUAUCCACAGUAAAACAAGUCCUAUUUCGACAUAACCUGAAAGGCCGCUCAGCAAGGAAGAAGCCACUGCUCCAAAACCGGUGGGGAUGUGGCUGGAGGUGUAGGUCUGGAUGUAGGUUCUCUGCGGGGGUGGCCAGCUCUCUAAUGGGUUGUUCUCUGUCACCCGUCAUCGUUCUCACCUUCUCCUCCAGCACUCUGAAUCCUCUCCUCUAGUGCUCUGUUCUGCUCCUGCUCUUUCUCCUGUUGAUGUUGUCUCACCACAGUCCAGAGUGCAGACAUGUCUCUCUCCACCUCCAGCUCUCCAGGUCUGGUUAAGGGGGUGUUGUUGUGCUGGACUGUUGUCUGGGUCUGUGCUGACUGGAGUGUAAUCACCUGCUGUUCCAGCUCCACCUGCCUUACCUCCAGCUAGGUGAAUUUAUCCUUCAUUUCAAUGAGGGAGUAGUACUCUGUGCUGGGAGGUUGACUUUCCGCUUGGGGUUGCUCGUCUGUGGUUUUUUUUACUGAAGAGGUCUGGUCUGACACGCUCGGGGUGGGGGUAUCUUUCUCAAGGGAGAGCUUAUCCUGUUGAGCUAUUUCUUUGAUUAGGUGAAAGUCCAGCUGAAACUGUUUGGGGUUGCCCUAUACCAAUACUGUUCCAUACUUAUAUUGGCUGACUCUCUCUCCUCUCCUCUCCUCUCCUCUCUCCCUCCUCCUCCAGAGAGCGUGAUCAGCUAGAAGAGAUGUUGAGAGGUCUAACUCCAUGUAAAGGGGACAUAGCAGAGGCCAUGUUGUUCUGUCUGAGUCAUGCCGAGGCUGCAGGGGAGAUCGUAGAGUGUGUCACAGAGUCUCUCUCCAUCCUGAAGACACCACUCCCCAAGAAGGUAAACAGGAUGCUAGGCGUCAUACUAUGUUAUAUAGGCAACUUCCUUUUUUUUUUUGUUGUUGCAUGUAUAUAGUAUUGUUUUGUAUGCUUACCUCACGAAAUGAAUUUCCAUGUAAAUGGGCAAUGAAGUUACUAUAUCGUGUCAUAGUCACAACCUUGUUUUGCGUUCACACGUGUUUGUUGCUUUUGUAAAAUUUUUCCUUGUUAUUUUGGUUUCGAAAGAGCCUCGAGUGGCAUGUGUAAAACAUGGGGCGGCAGGUAGCUUAGUGGUUAAGAGCAUUGUGCCAGUAACCGAAAGGUCGCUGGUUCUAAUACCCGAGCCGACUAGGUGAAAAAUCUGUCGAUGUGCCCUUGAGCAGGGCACUUAACCCUAAUUGCUCUUUUAAGUCGCUCUGGAUAAGAGCGUCUACUAAAUGACUAAAAUGUAAAAUGUAAUGCAGUAAAAGUAAUCCUUUUUAUCAUAGUUAUUCCAUUAUAUCAGGGAGGACUUGCCAGUUGGUCUGAAUGCCUUUUAAUAAUUCCUUCCUUGUUUUUCAGAUUGCACGGUUAUAUCUUGUCUCAGAUGUGCUGUAUAACUCAUCUGCUAAAGUAGCCAACGCCUCUUACUACAGAAAAUAGUACGUUGAGUUUGGGUUCAGUGGUUGUGACUGACUGUGGGUGUGAAGGACCUUGUUCGCUUUUGGUUUGCAUAACUUUGCAGUAUACUUUAUUGGCAUUGAAGAUGUUUUCCUACAUAAGUUAAUAUGUUCAACCCUCACACAGCUUUGAGACCAAGCUCUGCCAGAUCUUCUCAGACCUCAAUGCAACAUACAAGACGAUACAGGGUCACCUCCAGUCAGAGAACUUCAAGGUAUAUUCAAUUGUAUACAUUUUCCAAUCACAAUUUUAAUCAUGUUACCUACACCUAUCUUUCAGAACUACACAAUCCUUUCAGAUCUACACAGGGUUUAGGGGCUAGGGUUUAGGGGCUAGGGUUUAGGGGCUAGGGUUUAGGGGCUAGGGUUUAGGGGCCAGGGUUUAGGGGCCAGGGUUUAGGGGCCAGGGUUUAGGGGCCAGGGUUUAGGGGCCAGGGUUUAGGGGCUAGGGUUUAGGGGCCAGGGUUUAGGGGCUAGGGUUUAGGGGCCAGGGUUUAUGGUUUAGGGGCCAGGGUUUAGGGGCCAGGGUUUAGGGUUUAGGGCAGGGUUCUUCAAUUCCGGUCCUGGAGGGCCGAAACACUUCUGUUUUUUAUUUCUACCUGGUAGUUAAUUGCACUCACCUGGUGUCCCAGGUCUGAAUUAGCCCCUGAUUUAGAAGGAGAGGAUGAAAAACAGAGGUGUUUUGGCCCUCCAGGACCGGAAUUGAAGAAACCUGGUUUAGGGGCUACGGAUUGCUUCUGGACAGAGUUUUACCAUUUCACCUGUCUAAUGUAGUAUAUCCUAUUGGCCAGCAGCAACGGGUGAUGUCGUGUUUCCGUGCGUGGGAGGACUGGGCCGUGUACCCAGAUCCCUUCCUCAUCAAGCUACAGAACAUCUUCCUGGGUCUAGUCAACCUGUCGACUGAGAAGGAGGUCCCCACCCCCAACACAGUAGAGGUGAGCUAGCCUGCUCCCCCCUCUUGUCCUAAUGAAUGCUUACUGACCUUAUUAUUAGCUACGAUUUGAAAAUAUUAUCAUGGUUUGACAAUGUUUUGUGACUAUUUGGAAAUGUUAUGAUUUGGUAAUGUUGACUGUGUAAUGUCGUCCACGCAGCUCUAAUAACCUUUGGAAGCUUAUUUUGUUGUGAAUGUAUUCCUAAACCACUCCACUUCUCCUCUCUACAGAAACCACUGUUUGAACAUCUGGCCCCUGGUCUGUUGGCCCAGCCUGAGCCAGUGGAGGACAUCGACGGGGCCCCCAUCGGGGAAGACGUGGACGGGGCCCCCAUCGGGGAGGACGUGGACGGGGUUCCUAUAGGGCUAGACGGGGGUGCCAUGGUGGGCGGCGCCCCUCUAGACGGAGCUGUCCUGAGGUUGGAUGAACUGGACGGAGUGCCCAUCAAGGCCCUGGAGGAGGACAUAGAUGGACUGCCCUGUCAGUGACCUUAUGACCUCUACACUACCACAUCCACAUAGGGACACAUUGAUUAUUAAAGGGAUACUUCAUAUUUGUUUCCUUACCUUGUAUAAGCGGUCUAUGGACUUAACCCUAACCUCAACAGGACAGUUUUCUAACAACUUCCUCCUUGUCUUUUAGUGGAUCAUGCUGCUGCCAAAGCAGCAUCCUUUAAAGUAGCACCUUCAAAAUGGGAAGCAGUGGAGGAGUCUGAUCUGGAGGCACAGGGUGAGACCACAACUACAGGCUACUUUCUACCAAGCUAGGAUUCCACUUCAAUGUGUCCUAAGCCUGUUUCUGUGGUCGUUUCUACCAAGCUAGGAUUCCACUUGAAAGUGUCCUAAGCCUGUUUUUUUUGUGACUUUUCUUUUCAAGCUAUGAUUUUGUCUUAAUUGUGUGUCUGUCUCCGCCUCAGCCGUGACCACCUCUAAAUGGGAGAUCUUUGAGCAGCCGGAGGAGGAGAAGGACGAGGGUGACAGCGAUGAUGAGGACACCAAGAGUUCUCGUUCAGAGGAGCCUCCGAGUUACUCCCAGCCCAUCAGAGACGACUUGGACUCCAAGACCAAGCACUCGGAGUUGAAUGAGGACAGGCGCACCAAGCUACGGGAGAUAGAGGUAAUUUUACUGGAGCUCAGUUGGUAGAGCGUGGCUCUUGCAACACUAGGAUAGUGGGUUCGAUUCCUGGGACCACCCAUGUGUACAAAUAAAACAAAUAAAAUGCACGCUUGACUGUAAGUCUCUUUGGAUAAAAGCGUCUGCUAAAUGGUAUGUAUUAUUAUUAUGUAUUAUUACACAACAGACUAUUGAGAUGGCCUGAAAUAAACAGACGAACAAGCACAACUCACAUGAGGCUCGGAGUUGUGAAUUUAAUAGUUUAAAAAAAAAUAUGAUACCAAGACGUUUGGUUUCCUUCACUUGUUCAAUGGCCACACCAUGUAAAUUGACCCUGUCGUAGUGUUCUAAAUGUUCAAAUAAUUUGUUUUAUUAACUUCAGGUCAAAGUGAUGAAGUUCCAGGAUGAGCUGGAGUCUGGGAAAAGGCCCAAGAAGUCUGGCCAGAGUCUCCAAGACCAGGUGGAACACUACAGAGACAAGCUUUUACUCAAGGUAUUACUUAUGAAACCUAAUCCUCUUUUGUUCCUGAAGGAACAUAGGAGCUGUACUAUUGUUUGCCAAUGUUCUGGGACCCUUUAUUACAGGAAUUACAGUCAUUGCUAUUUACCUCAAUAUUACCUGAAGUUUAAAGCUGAAGAACAUAUCCAAGAGGAUACUUCAGAUAUUGACAUAUUUGAUAUCCCAGGACUCCCUGGAAAACAGUUCCAAUUGUUACUGGGUGUACUAUCCUAGCUGAAUAAAUGAAAAAUAAAUGAAAAUGUGGAUAAUGUUGCUUUCCAUUCAAUAAUAUAACGUAACGGCGUCUUGUUUAGGAAAAAGAGAAGGAGAAACUGGAAGGAGAGAGAGAGAAGGAGAAGAGAGAGAAGGAGAAGAGAGAGAAGGAGAAGAGAGAGAAGGAGAAAAGCGAAGCUCGUUCAAAAGACGUCAAGAAGGAGAAGGAGAAGGAGGAGUCUACUCCGACCAGGAGAGACAGGUUAGUCCCUCAUAGUUUGUGUGGUGCAUUCAUUAGACUUAAUGACAUUAGUGGCUGUAUCGAUCAAUCAAUCAAGCUUUAUUUAUAGACCACCAUUUCUUCCAACAAAUGCCUUUCAACGUGCUUAACAAAUAAAAUAAUACGAAACGUUUCUAUGCAAAUCUAAAAUGAAGAUGGACAUAAAUAAUGGUUGGAUAGCAAGAGGAAGAGUGGGAGAGCUGUGUGAUGGGUUCUUAUCAGAAUAUAUCCUAGGAAAGCGCUCAACUCACUAUUAGGGUCCAUUCAUAUGAACCGUUGAAUAGAGGGGCAGUUCAGCAAUUCCUUGACAGAGAUUCAUAUCUCACUGGGAUUCAAAUCAAAACCGAUACCCAGUCGUUGUACGAUCAGUGCUGACAAAAAAAUAAUAAAAAAUAUUCUGCCAAUGUCGUCAUCUCUGCCAGGCGUGGUCUGUCUCCUGUGGUUGCUAGGAAACGGCGUCACAGCGGCUCGCCCGGCAGCCCCCCGCGGAGCAGCAGCAGCAGACGUGUGCGCUCCCCGUCCCCCCGCUCGGAGAGGUCAGAACGUUCCGAGCGCUCCUUUUCCAAGGACGUAUUGUCAUCACGAUCCCGCUCCUCCCACAAAGACUCCCCUCGCGUCACCAGCAGCAAGAAGUCCUCCAAAAGGUCAGGAAGCGUUUAGAUGUCUUUAAAACAUUAUUCUAGAUGGAAGUUUAUUGUUCUACUUUUCCUGGUCUGCCUGGCUCCUCUUCUUUUAUUAACCUUUGAGACACCAACUGUUAGUAGGAUAGAUAUUUGAUGGAUAUUCUUUGUGAUGGGAUAACUUUCAGAAACUUCCUUAAGGCCAUUACAGCUUGGGUCUCCAGUUCUCCUCCUAACUCUCCUGUGUGUGUUUUCUCCCCAGAUCUCCCUCAUUAUCCCGCACACCCAAACGUUCCAGGAGGUCACGCUCCAGAACACCCAAGAAAUCCGCUAAGAAGUCACGGUCAAAAUCACAUUCUCCGCACCGGUCCCACAAGAAAUCAAAGAAGAGCAAACACUAA